CUAACCAGUUUGAGCGUUUUGCCACGGAGGACACUGUCAUCGAGGAUAGAGUUUUCUGAAGCAAGUGAUUCUUGCCGUUAUUCGUAUAGUCGUUUAUGAGCGUAGCGGUAGACUUUAUAGAGUACGUGCUCUUUUCAUGUCUAACAUAAAUAUUAAUAACAUCAUUUUCCACCGGAACUGAUUCAUGCAGAAUCUGUGUGAUCUCUAAAGAAUGAAUAAUUAGAAUUUUGUAAUCACGCAAAUUUAUGUAUUUGCAAUAAAGGCAUGGAGCUGUUGUCGCUAGUAUCUUCUGAAGUUUGUUUAUUAUGAAAGUGACACUACUUUUGUGUCGAUUCUGCUGCGAGGUUGUUAACUAGACACCUAUUUAUUUAUUUUUUGCAACGCUGACACGAUCGUAACAGCUUUUCUGAGAAAUGAUGAAUCAAGAUUUAUAUAAUGUAUUGAUUCAGUAAGACCGUCUCUUCAGUCGAUUAAAAGUUAUUCUAGUAGUUGCGUCUCGCGGUUAACCUAAAAAUUCUCUGCGAUGACUUGGUUGGGAACAAUCGCUAGUAAUGUUCUUCGAAAUAUUGUGAGUUCGGAUAUACCAUCGAAUAUAGUACAAGAAGUAAAGCCAGAACAUUAUGGCAAUCGACAUAUUCUCUGUCGCGAGGACAGCAUUGUGCUUUAUAGUCUGGGAAAUAAAAAUGAGAAGUAUGACAUUGUUCUCCACAGACCUUGCACAGAGACAUUGCAUCAGGCGUUCAGCUUAUACCGGUCAGAAGACAGAGCACAAGCUGAGCAACAUUUUAUUAUAUACAAAGACAAGAUUCCAGUGUUGAUCCAAAUUUGUCGAGAGCUCUGCAAUGUGCACAAGAUACAAAAGCUAUGCGAUACUUUAGUGGAGCACCCUACUUGGACACUGGCUCACCUAGCAGCUCAUUUCGCAUUGUACAAUGCAUUUACCUAUGCAGCGGUGAACAGCCAGUUAAACAGUGGAGACAUAAAGACUGGAGUGUCUCCACUGCAAGUUGCAGUACAGACCAAUAACCUGCGCACAGUACAAAUGCUGAUAGAAGCGAAAAGUUCUCUAGAACACCUAGACCACAAUGCGAACACAGUGUACCAUUACGCAGCCACCUCUACGAAAGAAAUAAUAUUAGCUCUGGGUGGGCAUCUUCCUUCUAGUUUGAACAGCCGCAACAGCGACGGCCACACACCAAUACACGUCGCCUGUUUGAACAACAAACCCGAGUGCGUGAAGGCGCUUCUCCUGAUUGGCGCGGACGUGAACAUCCCAGCGUCCGAGGGCCAGCCUUCUAGUCCCGGAUACGUAGGCGAUCUCCUCCACAGUAAACCGAACGUUCUCCACGCCGAGGACAUGAAGUUCGGCGGCACGCCGCUGCACUGGUCGCAGAGCAGGGAAGUGAUCAACGCGCUGAUCGAGACAAACUGCGACAUCGACGCUCUGAACUUCGACGGGCGGACGGCACUGCACAUAAUGGCGAUGAGAAAACGUCUUCCUUGCGUGGUGGCUCUCUUGAGCCACAUGGCUUCCGUGAAUAUUGCCGACAAGGACGGCAACACGCCAUUGCACUUGGCAGUGUCCGAGGGCACGUCGGCGAUAGUCCAGACUCUGAUAGGUUUCGGCGCCGACAUCGACGCUAGGAAUUGGAAAUGGGAAACGCCACGGCAUCGAGUGAACAUCGACAGCAACGAGGGCCAGAAGAUCUUGUACAUCCUGCACGCGGUGGGAGCUCAACGCUGUCUAGCCGACAUGACAGGCUGCAGCAUAGGCUGCAAGCACGACGAGAAUUUCUACGGCAUCGCCCCUCCAGAACCACCGACAGCCGUUCCACGGACGGUUCUGGAUCAAAUGCUCCACAUCAACGGCAUGGACAAGAUGGCGACGCAGGGGAAGAAGCAAAUCGAAGGUGGCCGAUUGUUGUGCCUCGACGGCGGAGGGAUUCGUGGGCUAGUCCUCGUGCAGACUCUCUUAGAGAUCGAGUCCGUUCUCCAGCGGCCCAUCGUGGAGCAUUUUGAUUGGAUCGCCGGUACCUCGACUGGAGGCAUACUGGCUCUAGGCCUAGCCACUGGCAAGUCUCUGCGAGAGUGCCAGGCGCUGUACUUCCGCAUCAAAGAGGAAGCCUUCGUCGGCACGCGUCCCUACAACAGCGAAUGUCUGGAGAAGGUGUUGAAGGACAGUUUAGGAGCGACAGCGGUCAUGGCGGACAUCAAGAAGCCGAAGGUGAUGAUCACUGGAGUCCUGGCGGACAAGAAGCCUGUGGAUCUACAUUUAUUCCGGAACUACGAUUCGCCGAGUGCGCUGUUGAAGGUUAAAGAGGGUUCAACGUCUUUCACCCCUGCGUCUCCAACUGAACAAUUGAUGUGGCACGCUGCUCGCGCUACUGGCGCGGCGCCGUCGUAUUUCCGGGCGUUCGGAAAGUUCCUGGAUGGUGGCCUAAUAGCGAACAAUCCGACUUUGGACGCCAUGACCGAGAUUCACGAGUACAAUCUAGCUUUAAGCGCGAUGGGCCGCGAAGAAGCAGCUGUUCCACUGUCGCUGGUCGUGUCGCUCGGCACAGGGCUGGUCCCUGCUAGCCCGUUGAAGGAUAUAGACAUCUUUGUACCUGAAAGUCUGUGGGACACCGCUAAGAUCGCCAUGGGUAUAUCAGUCCUGGCGGAACUGCUGGUGGACCAGGCAACCGCCUGCGACGGCAGAGUCGUGGACCGUGCGAGGAACUGGUGCUCCAUGAUCGGAGUACCUUAUUACAGGUUCAACCCCCAACUCUCGCAGGACAUCGCCAUGGACGAGAAGAGCGACGAAGUACUCGCGGAAAUGAUAUGGAGCGCUAAAGCGUUUAUGCAUGCGAACAGGGAUCAAAUAAAAGAAUUAGCUGCUGUAAUAAACCGCGACGUUCGCAAUGUUUAAAUGCGUUUCUGUACCUUCUGAAUCGAUCACGCGGGACAACCGGACGGUUUCGUUUGAUUCGCAUCGCACACGUCGCCGCUGACACGAUUGCACCGCACUCGAUUCAGUUGAUACAUCCACAUAGAUCAUCGAUCGUUUCUCCGUAGAUGCUUUAAGUCUUAAUUAAGCUUACCUCCGAGUCUUCUCUUUUUGUUUCGCGACUGCGCACAACUCAUUCUUAGCCGAAUUCUAUUAUUCUUUUCCAUACUCGCGUAACCCCGUUUAGGAGUGGAAGAGAAUAGUUGGGUUGUUGAUAUUAAUGGUGAUUAAUGAAUUAUACCGCGUGAUUACUGUUCGUAGAUGGAAGCGUGCGAUACGGUUGAUUGGAUUAUUUAAUUAUCUGUUUGUUUAUUAAUUGCAAAGUUUUACGCCAAAUAAUAAAUAGCAAAGGAAGAAAAAGAAACACGAAGCAAUCUAACGAAUCUAUCCGAGUCCCCCACACUCUCAUUUCUACGAUCACCUGGAGGGUCAUUAAACGGUUCAUCGUCGCGGAACGGGGAUCGGCAAGGUCAACGGUUUAAAUAAAAACGUUCCGAGCAGUGAAUCAAUGACGAGACAGUUGCCAAUUUGCUGUCGGUUAAACUUAGAUAGUUCUGUCGUGAACCAAAACUAUUUCCUUUUGAGUCUGCCAAUGUACGUAGGUAAGUAUAAACGUGUAUCGACACAUUUGUUUAAACGGACUACUUCAGUCAUCAGGACUUACUUCACUGUCGGACGCAGCUACCGUUCGGUAGGUAUCAUUUGACAAUAAACGUACCUUUAACACGUUCACAGCCAUGAGAAUUUCGAGCGUUUUGUUGUAAUCAGAAUUAUUUCUUUAUAAUGAAGGCUAAUAGUGUUUGAAGUAAUUAUUGUUUUGGUAUUAUAGUAUUUGUAUUGCAUUAUUUAGCUUCUUGUGUUACUAAAUAUUUCGAUUCAAUGUCAAUUUUAUUGUCAUUGUUUUCAAGCAAUUUAGAGCGCAAUAUCAAUUACUAAUAUUUCGAUUCAAUAUCAAUUUUCUCGCAAUUGUUUUCAAGCAAUUUGGAAACUCGGUCAUCGAUGGCAGUCAACGUGUAAGGUGAAACGCAGAUACCCCAUACACGCUAAAAACAUGGCGAUGCAGCAUCGCGACAAGCGAUGGGUUUGAGUCUCGAAGUUCCAUGACACAUGUUGCACUCAAACAAAAAUUCUAAUAGCCUCAAACCUAUCGUCUCGUGCGAUGCCUGUAUCGUCGCAUGCUUCAGCGAGUAUAAGCCAAUUAAUCAGUUGUGAAACCAGUUAAUCUGUUAUGAAACAGAAGUAAACAAGUCAGUCGAUAAAUUGUUCUCAUCGUAAACAGAAACUGAGAGAAAUAAAACAACGUGAAAAUGAGGAAACUGAUUA